AUGGAGACUGCAAAUAUCUCUGGUACAGCGGAUGGAGGUAGCGCAUUCACACAAGAAUAUCAGUCCUCCAAUAGCUAUGACCCUGCCCCAGCAGAGCCAGCUGUUUCCGCUGUUUUGUCUCCUAUUAGCACAACACCUGUUGAUCCUUCCAAGUCCAACAACCCCACCUCUAACACCACUUCCAAACCCGCUCUAGCUCAUUUCCCUGUUGCUGUCGCCACCUCUGACCUUGCAGCGGAUCGGCAGAGUCAAUCCAGGUCAAUGUCGCGAGGUUCCUCCAGUGCCAGUUCAAGCAGCAACGUCAUUAUAACAGAGCAAACCAAUGAUAUAAUGCCUUCUCAAAGCGCACAGCAGGCCGUCGUUCCCAGCGUGAACGGAGCCUCUGUCUCUUCUCCACCUGCUUCUCGUGUUCUUGCUGUUGUUGAUCCAUCAAAUACAAUAUCUUCGGGUACUGAUGUCCAAGGCCGUGCUGUCUCGAACGCAACGCCAGUCCCAAACCUAGAUGGCGCUGUCGAAACACCUUUUGGUACUCCGAGCCAGUCUGGAGCUGAGAUUUCGGCGGUGCCGGUAAAAGCGCCGCCUCAAGAUGUACCGAACGUAGCGAGUGUACUUCCAAAAGCACGGCUUCCGCACGACAAAAUAGGGAUGCUAGAGGAUAGGAUCAAGGACGACCCACGGGGUGAUAUAGAAGCGUGGCUAGGUCUCAUUGACGAGCACAAGAGGAGAUCCAAGUCGGAAGAUGCUCGCAGCACUUAUGAGAAAUUUCUUUCACUAUUUCCAUUUGCGGCUGAAGUCUGGGUUUCUUAUGCUCAAAUGGAAAAUGAAGCAAACAACCGGAACGGUAUUGACAACGUGCUUGGUAAGAGUCUCAUACAAAUGCCGUAUCUACCGCUCUGGUCCGUGUACCUGGACCAUGUCCGUCGUCACAACAACCUCACAACCGAUACUUCAGGCACAGGUCGUCAAAUUAUCCAUCAAGCCUACGAACUUGCCGUGGUACAAGUGGGACUCGACAAAGAUGCCGGCCGGAUGUGGCAAGACUACAUCCUUUUCCUCAAAUCGGGACCUGGAAUCCUUGGCGGCAGCAAUUGGCAAGAUCAACAAAAGAUGGACGAGCUUCGAAAGACAUAUCAACAGGCCAUAUGCGUCCCUACACAAGCCACGAAUACUCUAUGGAAGGAGUAUGACGGAUUUGAGAUGGGCUUGAACAAAAUGACGGGGCGCAAAUUUCUUCAAGACCAGUCACCAGCUUACAUGUCCGCACGAGCAUCCUACACAGAACUCCAAAAUAUCACACGAAAUCUCAAAAGGACGACGUUGCCCUCACUUCCACCUGCUCUCGGCUUCGAAGGUGACACCGAAUAUUUAGAACAGCUCAGUAUCUGGAAGCGGUGGAUACGAUGGGAGAUAGACGAUCCGCUUGUUCUCAAGCAAGACGAUCUGGACGGCUACAAAGCUCGAGUCAUCUUUGUAUAUAAGCAUGCUUUAAUGGCCAUGAGAUUCUGGCCAGAGCUUUGGUGUGACGCAAGCGAGUUUUGCUUUGCCAACAACAUGGACGAGGCAGGUGAUGAUUUCCUGAAACAGGGUAUUGCUGCGAAUCCCGAGAGUUGUCUAUUAGCGUUCAAACGUGCAGAUCGUAUAGAGUUUGUCACCUCUAGUGAGGAAGGGGAGGAGAAGACUUUACGCCGUGCUGCUUCAGUCAGAGAGCCAUUUGACAAGGUCUUAGAUGCGCUUUAUGAACUAAUUGCCAGAUCCAAGGCGCGAGAGGAACAGGACUUAGCUCUCAUUGAGGUCCAGCACCAGGUCAGUGUUACUGAGCAGCCUACAAACGGGAUUGCAGGGGAUGAAAAGGGUGAUGAAGACGAAGAGCUUCGCCAAGAAGAUAUGAAGAAUCGAGAGAAACAGAAAGCCGAGCGAAUUGAAGCCACCAAGAACGUUCAUGCAGUCCAAAUGCAUGCUAGAAAGCGUGGGCGAGUCACCUCUGAUGUCUACGUGCAAGCUGCCUUGAUUGAGUUUCAUUGCUAUGAACCCGACACGGGACGGAAAAUAUUCGAGCGCGGCCUAAAGCUCUUUCAGGAGGAUGAAGCAUUUGCUUUGGAAUACAUCAAGCAUCUCGUUGCAAACAACGACCAUACGAACGCUAGAGUUGUCUUCGAGACCGUAGUGACUCGACUAGCCCAUAAACCUGAGACGACGGCCAAAGCAAAGCCUCUGUAUGCUUUCUUCCACGAUUUUGAGUCCCGCUAUGGCGAACUGAGCCAAAUUGUGAAGCUGGAGAAGCGUAUGAGUGAUCUGUUCCCCGAGGAUCCUUCUCUCGCGCUGUUCUCCAAGCGCUUUUCUGAUGAUGGCUUCGAUCCAACUGCCAUCCGUCCCAUCAUAUCUCCUGCUAAGCAAACAAAGCCCAAAUUUCUCCCUACCAUACAGGCCAUUGCGCCUGAAGCUCAAUUCAUUCAAGUCUCUACGAAUUCGCCCAAACGCCCUUUGCCUCUGGAUGAAUCAGAUAACGAGUCAGACCGUCCGCGAAAAGCUAUGCGCGGCGGUGCAUCACCUUUGAAGCCAGCUCCGGCCCAGCCCAUGAUUAAGCAGAACAGUCAGCAAUCACAUCAGCAAAUACCGCUCCAAUCUGUCCGUCCACCCCUACCACAGUCCUAUGCAAUUCCACCAUUGCCUCGAGACAUCACCUAUCUUCUCAGCAUCAUACCAAAGGCAGAGACCUACACUGCAACCAAGUUCAAUCCUGCCGGGCUCGUUCGAUUAAUCCGGGAAACCCACGUUCCUACUCAUAUCUCCCAAUUACCUCCACAAGCAGCUAGGGGAGUCACUGGGGCUAGUCAUCCUCCUCCGCCACCUCAACACAUCCCACCCCCGCAGACACCUCAACUGCAAGGUCCACCACCGCCAUAUGUUCAACCUGGAUCAGUCCCGCCAAUGCAGCAACGGCCUGGUCUACCUCCAAUGCCUCAAGUCCCCCCGGUUGGUUAUCCACCUUAUCCAGUUCCAGCAGGAACUCCAUACUAUUCUCGAUAA